AUGUUGAAGUACCUACUCUUUGGUGCUUUCAGCACUGUCCUUGCAGCCUCAGCGCUCGACCAACAUGCCGCGCAUAUUGCCUCCCUCAAUGUUCUCUCUGGCCAUAUGUCCGCUGGAAAUGGGACAGCUGCCCCUUGCGUCAGCAAAGAGCUGCGCCUUGCUCUGAGCGACCCUCCGUAUAGCAAUUACUUCUACUCCGACUGCCAUGUGGCAGCUCAGGUGGUGGUUACGACGCCCCUGCCCGACAGCAAUCUGUCUGUGAUCGGUCCUCGGCUUAUUGUCGCGUGGCCUGGUGGUAAUAGUGGGAUCUGUGCCUAUUUCGCUCCCCAAAGCGGUAUCAACGGGACUCUGGCUAUCGAGCUUGUGAACUCGACGAUUGGGCAACCGUUGGCGCCAGUCUAUUCCCCUGCUCCUCCCAAUUCGACAUCCGGCACCCCUCAGGUAGGAGUAACAGGAGUGUUGCGCUUCAACUCAUCGGCGGAAUUGACUGUUCCGAUUUUGGGCAGCAUCAGGACCAUCAGGGACUUUGUGGAGGGGCCGAGCUUACUGUAUCCAGAAAUUCAAGAUUCCAUUCGCUUUUCUGAGCUUCCCACUGGGGGCGUCACACUACAGAGGUUGUGGCUGGACAAUGUGACUACUGUGCAUCUCGUGUUCUCCCCUCUCAACAACGAUGCAAACGCCAAGGUGACUCUCAAUGAUAAAAAUAUUGAGUUCACGGCUGGAGAUUAUAUCUUCUCUGCAUCUUAUAACUACCCACAAUUGACACAAUUGGCCCCCGCAGAGGUAUUGAAAAACGAUUCCUCCGCGCUGAUUUCUCCGCAGGCCGAUCAGGUGACAGCUCUGUCCUUUCUCUCAUACUCCGACAAAUUAUUAGCCGGUGCUUGGAGGUUCCUGACAUAUUUUGGUCGGGACUCGAUGAUCUCUGCUCUGCUGCUGGAACCGAUUCUCAGUACCGGCGAAGGUAGUGCCAUGGAGGCUGUGAUCGGAUCCGUGCUGGAACGUGUGAGUCGAACGGACGGAAGCGUGUGCCACGAGGAGAACAUCGGUGACUACGCUACCUGGACAAAUAUGAAAAAUAACGUCUCGAGUAGCUCUAUGAUCUGCGAUUACCAUAUGGUUGACACGGAUUACUUCCUUCCCAUCCUGAUGCAAAAGUACUUCAUAGAGAAUCCAGUCGGCCAAGGCAGAUACCAGGCAUUUUCAAACACCACGGCGGGCAUAUUCAAUACUGCGAACCAAAACCUGACCUGGGGUGAAUUGGCACUGACUAAUGCUGAACGGGUCAUGCGCCUUGCCGCUCCAUUCGCCAAGGAUCAAAAGCAAGAGAACUUGAUCCAUCUUCAUGAAGGUCAGGUCGUCGGUCAGUGGAGGGACAGUGCUUACGGUAUUGGUGGUGGCCGGAUUCCAUUUGAUAUCAAUACAGCUUUGGUACCCGCUGCCUUGCGUUCAAUUGCUGCCCUUGCACGAGGCGGUCUCCUCCCCCGAAAGCACUGGGCAAAGCUUGCCGACACAUACGCGCAGACCUGGGAGGACCAGACUCUGAAAUUCUUCGAGGUUACUAUCCCUAGGGUCGAGGCGACACAGCGGGUGCGUUCCUAUGCGAAAGUAUCUGGAUUCACAGGGCCAAACCAAACCGACACGAUCGACUCGGAUAUACAGUAUUAUGCCUUAGCUCUGAACGGCAGUAAUAACCUCAGCAAAGUGGAAGUGAUGCACACCGAUGACUGCUUCCGCCAUUUCCUGCUCAACACAACCGAGCAGACGCAACUGACUGCCUUCGUCAACCAGACUGCAAAUAAUAUCCGCCGUACCUUCCCCGCAGGACUCAUGACUGAUGUCGGUCUCCUAGUUGCCAACCCGGCCUACGGUCCUGAUCCAGUCUAUGCACGGAACUUUACCGCAGGUGCUUAUCAUGGUACCGUCGUCUGGUCAUGGCAGCUGGCUAUGAUGGCUAAGGGACUCGAACACCAGUUAGGACGUUGUGUUUCAAAUGGAUCCUCUGGAUCUGCGUUGAGUCCAGACUUCUGCCGGGAUGCAGUUGUGUAUAACAAUGUUCGAGAAGCGUACCGCAUUUUCUGGGACGUACUGGAGGAGAAUUCGAGCCUGCUUUCUAUGGAGGUGUGGUCCUGGAUUUUUAAAAAUGACAGAUUCCAGGCGACACCCUUGGGAACCUUGCCUCCGCCUCCUGGUGUCAGCGGUGGAACCGCAUCACCGUUAGAAUCAAACAUCCGACAGCUCUGGUCUCUGACGUUCUUGGCUGUCACAAGGAACAAGACGCUCUAG